AUGGCCCAGAAGUACGUCCAGUCCGAGGUUUUUACGGGUGUCUUAUCGUGCCAAGUUCAGGGUCAUCCCAUUGAAGAUACGGUGGUUGCAACCAGUGGAGAGAGUCAAAUAGUACUGACAAGGUUUAGUGGAGUUCAUAAUGGCAAUAAGAAUGGUAUGUCAUUCAUCUGUGUAUCAUUUGUAGUAAAAAAAUUCAAUUUUGAGUCCAAAAAUCUGAAAUUUUCUUUUUUGGAGCUAGAAUUUCAUUUUGACCUUGGUUUUUCUGCAUUUUACUAUAUGCAAAUACAAAAUGAAACGAUUAGUAUAAAAUUUCCGGUCCAUAUUUAUCUCUUUUCCCCAAAAAUUCCGAUUAAAAUCCGUCCAAACGAACGCAAAAAAGAAUUUUGAUCUCGGGCGGGCUCGAACCGCCGGCCUUCUGUGUGUUAGACAGAUGUGAUAACCACUACACCACGAGAUCACGGCUGCGCUUUUCGUUUCUUUCCUUUUCGUUCGGAGUAGUUUUUUUCGAACUCGCGUUUUUGGAGAGAUUGCCUUCUAAAACUGGCUCUCGAUUUUAAAAAUUUAUAAAAUACGGAUGAAUUGAAGUGGAAAAUUUUUUGUGACCAACUAUCUUGGACCACUUUCUUAUUUUUCCUUUGUGUUUUCUUUAUUUUUUCUCUCAAAAAAUUCGCAAAUAUCCCCGAAACUUUUCCUUCCAGCCGGUUCAACGAUACGAAACGACCUCCUUGACCAAAUAGGGGCAUUUACUUUUGGAUCCACCGCUGAUAAUCUUCAUUGCCUAACUUCUUCGACCCUAUUUACCUUGGAUACCGAAAGAUUAUCGGGGAUAUCCGAACAAAUAUUUGACAUCCCACCAACGGAAGUGAUACCCUUCGGCAAAGGAGAGAAUCCGUUCACAUUAAUCGUCGCUGAUGAGGAUGGAGAGGUAAGCAAACGAGUGACUUUUGGGGAUGAUUUUUGAAGGAUCUACAGGGUGUUUCAAGAAAUUUGGAACAAAUGACUUGCUUAGAUCUUUUUGUUCUUUGCAGCUAUCAACGAAUUUCUUUUUGCUUCUAAAAAUUGACAGCGUGCGUUUUUAGAAUCUUAAAAAAAAAUUUUUUUUGUCGGCGGAGGGCCCAUUUCUCGGCGGAGAAAAUUAGGGCCUUUUUUAAAAAUCACAGCGUAUUACGUGGCGGAAACGCCGUUGCAACGGCUGAAAUCAAGUUUACGUUACACCUCCGUCGAUUUUACGGUAUGCAUUUUUUUGUUUUCGAUUUUACGCGCACCGCGAAGGCGCGGCGGAGACUUCAGAUUUCGGCGGACGUUGUUUUGGGCCUUCGGCUGUUGCAAUUCAUGUUGGAAAAGAGGUUGGGGUGAUUUUUUGUUGUCAUCCGAUGCACAGAUGACAAAAAUUUCGUGCUUUUUUUCCCCGGCGGAGGAUUCGGCGGAGGCUUUAUCAAAGGGUCAAAGCAGCCUUACGAGUCCGGGAAAAAUCUCAGCUACGAGAAUCCAUCAGACCAACAUUGUCUUUCAAAGAUUUUUGAUUUUUUUGGUCCGGCGGACAAAUCGGCGGAGUUUUGUUUUUACCCUUUGAUAAAGCCUCCGCCGACUCCUCCGCCGGGGAUAAAAAGCACGAAAUUUUUGCCAUCUGUGCAUCGGAUGACAACAAAAAAUCACCCAAACCUCCUUUUCCAACAUGAAUUGCAAAAACCAAAGGCCCAAAACGACGUCCGCCGAAAUCUGAGGUCUCCGCCGCGCAUCCGCGGAAGUGCGUAAAAUCGAAAACGCAAAAAAAGCAUACCGUAAAAUCGAUGGAGAUAUUACGUAAACUUGAUUUCAGCCGUUGCAACGGCGUUUCCGCCACGUAAUACGCUGUGAUUUUUAAAAAAGGCCCUAAUUUUCUCCGCCGAGAAAUGGGCCCUCCGCCGACGAAAAAAAAUUUUUUUUGAGAUUCUAAAAACGCACGCUGUCAAUUUUUAGAAACAAAAAGAAAUUCGUUGAUAGCUGCAAAGAACAAAAAGAUAUAAGCAAGUCAUUUGUUCCAAAUUUCUUGAAACACCCUGUAGUGUAAUGUUUUUUCCCAAUUCUAAUUUUAUUGCCCCUUACUGUUUCAGAUCCACCUUUUGGACACUCGCGAACGCCCCACAAGUACGGUACACACCUUGGAGACCCAGUCAGAGAAGAAUGAAAUCAAAGGGAUGGCUGUUAAAGACAUGACCUUAUAUUCGAUUACUGAGAAUGGAGUGGUCGCGGCGUAUGACCUGAGGAAGCGAAAAUUCAGCCGGAAAUUGGAAUUCGAAAACAAAUUUUUCACUUCCAUCGCGAUGGAUGAGGAGUAAGCUGACUCUAUAUGUUGUCGUCCCAUUUUGACGUAUUUUAUAGCUCACUUUUUGCGGGCCCAAAAUUGUUGUAUCCAGAGUUCUUGAGAAUUUUUUUUAUUUCGCACUGUGCGGAAAAGAAGAAAAUGAGAAAACUUUAAUUGCAAUUUUCAGAUUGGUCCUAGUAACGACGGACAAGAACGAUUUCCAUUGGAUCGACAUGAAAGAGGGAUUUGUGAAAACCGCGAUAAAACGGACCCAAUUCCUGGUGGAAAAAAUUCAAAUUCUGAACGAUGAUCUCGUCCUGGCAAAACCUUUUAUUGGCCAAGACAUUGUGUAAGCUACUAAUACCUUUUUUAGACAAUAAUAAAAAAAUUUACAUCGAAAAACCUUUACAUCCCGCGAUUCCAGAGUGAUCGACCGCGACACCCGCCAAAUUCGUUGCCAAGUCAGCGAUCGUCGCGACAUUCACGACAUUUCCGUCGCCCAACCCGGUGGAAGUCUCUUUGUGGCCCUGGAAAAUGGACUCCACGUUGAUUUGUCGAUGAUUUCAGCUACGGACUUUGUCAAAGCCAUCGAUGAAAAGAAGAAUCAACCGGCCAAUAAGGUGGAUCCCGACUUUUUCGAUGGCUUAUGA